AUGUCCAAUCAGACCAAGGCCUUUGAGGGCCUUGUCAUGGGGGCUUGUGGAAGAUCAUGGUGCAACUUCUAUCGAUCGUCCCAAAUCUGGGUUCAUCUGAAACUGGCAGCCACCCCGCAGCAUCCAGGCCAAGCCUCCACCUUUGUGGCUGCCAUCCUGCCCGAGUUUGACCCUAAUGAAAUUAAAGUCGUGUUUUUAAGGUGUACUGGUGGUGAAGUUGGUGCCACAUCAGCUCUGGCCCCCAAAAUUGGUCCCUUGGGUUUGUCUCCCAAGAAGGGUGGUGAUGACGUUGCCAAGGCAACUGGUGACUGGAAAGGGCUAAGGAUCACAGUGAAAUUUACCAUUCAGAACAGACAGGCCCAGAUUGAGGUUGUGCUUUCUGCCUCAGCCUUGAUCAUCAAAGCCCUAAAGGAAGCUCCUUGGGACAGGAAGAAGCAGAAAAAUAUUAAACACAGUGGAAACAUCAGUCUCGAUGAGAUUGUCAGCAUCGCUCAACAGAUGAGGCACCGAUCUUUGUCAAGAGAUCUCUGUGGAACCAUUAAAGAGAUACUCGGAACAGCCCAGUCUUUGUGCUGCAGCAUUGACGGCAAACACCCUCAUGAUGUCUUUGAUGACGUCAAUAGUGGUGCUGUUGAGUGCCCAGCAAGUUAA